AUGGCUGGGCACGCCGUCUUGGUGGCUGCUGUCUCUGUCCUCUCUGCUUGUCAGCAAAGCUACUUUGCUCUGGAGGUGGGAAAGGCCAGGCUGCGGUGUCGAGUGGCGGCCCCCGCCGUCUCCGGCUGCCCCGAGUUCGAGAGGGUCUUCCGAGCACAACAAAACUGUGUGGAGUUCUACCCCGUAUUCCUGGUCACGCUGUGGACGGCCGGGUGGUACUUUAACCAAGUUUCUGCCGCUUGUCUGGGCCUGCUAUACCUGUAUGCCCGUCACAGGUACUUCUGGGGCUACUCGGAAGCUGCAGGAAAGAGGCUGGCCGGCUUCCGGGCGAGUGUGGGCACGCUGGCCUUGCUGGCGGUCCUGGGCAGCCUGGGGGUGGCCAACCGCCUGCUGGACGAAUUCCUGGACCUCAACAUUGCUGAGAAACUGAGGCGGCAUCUCUGA